CCGAAGGUCGUGUUCUGAUUGCUCGUCGAAAAUGUCGCAUAAAAGAAUCUCAAAUCCAGUUCUAUGGUUAGUUCUUUAUCAACAUAGCUCCACAGAGAUGUUGUCGCUGCGAAAAUUAGAAGAUCUGUUGACGAUUCUGCUGUUUGUAGCCUCCAAUUGUGAGUCACAAAUGCUGAUAAAGGAAAUGGAAGCAGUGAAGAGCCGCCGGAUUCAGCUAAAGGAAGUGGCAGUGGAGCGACUGGACUGUCAGGAGAGCCUCUGUGUUGGAUUGGAGUAUCCAUCUGCCUCAGAAGUGGCCUUUUUUGGAGAGAAUAUAACGAAUCAACUAAAUGACUACAAGGCACUAGUUAUCCACAGUUCCCGAUUGACGAAUCUACCAAGAAAUGUCUUUCACAGUCUGCCACAACUAGCGGAAUUUCAUGUUCUGGAAAGUGAGGUGCAGCACAUAGAAAGAGAGUGCUUUAGAGGCGGUGAGCAGAACUUGAAGAUACUCAAUCUAGGAGGAAAUGCUAUAAAGAAAAUCGCAGGAAACACCUUUGAGCUUUCGACAGAGUUGGAGAACUUGAACUUAUCCGACAAUAUAUUGGAGGAACUCCCUAGAGGAGUAUUUUUAGCUCUCAAAAAGUUACAACAACUUAAUCUAUCCAACAAUCAUUUGAAGAUUGUUUCUCCAGAUGUUUUCUCCCCUUUAAAGGAACUUCAAAGCGUAAAUCUGGACAGAAAUCUUUUAAAUGAACUCCCCAGGGGACUCUUCAAAGACUUGAAACUCCUUUCAGUUAGAAAUAAUCUGCUAGAACGUAUAUCCAUGCAUAUGUUUGCAUCGAUGGAAUAUCUUAUAAUAUCGGAUAACCCGCAGCUUACGCAACUUCAUCUGAAAGGAGACAUCAAGGAGCUGCAGGCCACCAAUUGUGGUCUAACAUCUGUGAUCCUUGAUGGCCGCAUCAUCAGUCUUUAUUUGGAGAACAAUUUUCAUCUGGGCGAUGUCAGAAUUACACAACCUCAAACCCUAGAGCAGCUCUACUUGACCAAUGCGAAUCUUUCGAGUCUGGGUUUCCUAUCAAAAGCCACUAGGUUGAUGGACUUGGAUCUGCCUGCCAUCGAAACGCUCAAGGAUGUGCCUUAUAAAUGGAAAUCGAAGCAGUUGAAGCGCUUGAGCCUCACGUAUCCCACCGAUAUUAUUUCCGAGUUAAAAGAUCUCAACUUCUUAGAGAUAAAUCAGGAGAAACUGCAAGAGAUUUACAUCAAGCAUGUGGACUAUGAUUUACUUGUCAAUGAAGAUAAGUUUAAAUGUGAGCACUUGAGGGAGCUCUUAAGAGGCGUGCAAGUCCCCAAGGACGUAACCUUUUGGGAGGAGGACUCGACACUCAACUGUGGAGAUAAUUGAGCAAAUAAUUUAAAACAGAGUGCGAGAUACUACCUUUAUUUCAAUAAAUA